CAGGAGUCGGAAUGUGGACUAGGAUAAUGCAUUAGCUAGGUUGUGCAAGGUACUGUCAGAGUUAAUUCGCGUUUGUUCCUUUUACGUUUUACUUUUUUUUGUGCAAAUUGCUUUACGAUUUUUCUACAAAAAAAAAAGAAAAGAAAGAAAGCGGGCACAAAAAAGCCCAGGCUGGGGUAUCAUUUUUGCUUGUUUCUUUUUUGUUUUGUUUUUUACACGUAAGGGCUGACUGGCGUCCGUUCCCCUGUCCAGUUAUUAAAAGGACCCGCGAGUGAAGGGAACACUGUCAAGAUGGCAGCGGCGAGAGGAAUAUGAAUUUGCGGACAUUAAUCGUUUCUUCUGGAGCUAGCUAGCUGAAGUUUCUGCUGCUGCUGCUGUUGUUAUUGUUGGUGCUUUGUAUUUUUUAUUAUUAUUAUCAUCAUUAUUUUAUUCCUCGAAGCUAUUUUGAAAAGCUGAUCAGCCUGCAGGAAUAUUCCGACCGAGUGGAAGGCUACUCGAGCUGGACACACACACAUUUUUUUUUUUUUUUUCAUAAUUUACAACGUCAGUGCAGCUUUCUUCUGGUUGCUGAGGUAGCCGACUCUCAAUAUUAGUAGCCUCUUAGCAAGCUACUUACAUUGCAUCAGUGCACCGUUGGAUUAACCCUACGCAGAACUUCAUUCACGCAUUUGUUGUCAAUGCCGUUGAUUAAGUGAUCGAUUUGUGACCUACCUGUUAAUAUUAAUAAACAUCAAGCAAGAUAAACAAACGACCAAAAAUAUUUAGUGAUGCAUCCGUAUACUAGUUACCUUCUAUAACGCUAGCUAACCCGUUAGCUAGGUAGCUAGAGAUCAUUUGGUGAGGACAUGGUGUUGAAGAGAAGCUACGUGUUCCUGGAAUACAAGCAGCUAAUGGAAAUUGCUAUUUUAUUAUAGCUGGAAAGCGCCAUUUGAAAAGGAAGAAAAAAAUAUUGCACAGACUAAACCGCGUUCAGCAUAAUUUAGCACUGGACUGGAUAUCAACAAAUUGAAAAACGCAUUGAUGGAAUGCGACUUUGACAGCUAUUUGCUACUUGUUUGUUGACUGACUAGUGUGUAGAAGGGACGAAGACCUUGCGUAAAGAUGGCAGAGGUGCUACCCCCUGACCCAUUGUCUCCACUAGACAUUGAGAUUGACCCAGAGUUUGAACCACAAAAGAGGCCGAGAUCGUGCACCUGGCCUUUACCCCGACCCGAGUCCAAUGCAGGGAAACCCGAACCCACUGACGCGGACAUCAUCCCGGAGGAAGAGGACGAUGAAGAAGAAACGGCCAGCUCGAUGACCAUCAACGCCAGCGGCACACUGAGCAACACCAGCAUCGCGGGGGAAGACCAAAACAGUCCUAGUGGCGUAGCCGCGGACAUAAAUUCAUCGUCCCUCGGCCAGGACAACGCGGGUUCCCCCCUUUCCUCCCAGUCCGCAGCCGCCGCUGGUAGCGGGGCGAGCAGCAAUGGUCUGGGUCAGCAACCGAGGAAGUCCUCGUCGCGCAGGAACGCUUGGGGGAACCUCUCGUAUGCAGACCUCAUAACCAAAGCCAUACAGAGCACGCCCGACAAAAGACUGACCCUGUCCCAAAUCUACGACUGGAUGGUGAGAUGUGUACCUUACUUCAAGGACAAAGGCGACAGCAACAGCUCGGCUGGAUGGAAGAACUCCAUCCGGCACAACCUCUCCCUCCACAGCCGGUUCAUCCGCGUGCAGAACGAGGGAACGGGGAAGAGCUCCUGGUGGAUGAUCAACCCCGACGGCGGUAAGGGCGGGAAGGCCCCUCGGCGACGGGCCGUCUCCAUGGACAACAGCAACAAGUACGCCAAGAGCCGGGGCCGGGCGGCCAAGAAGAAGGCCGCCCUGCAGGCCGCCCAGGAGGGGGGCGCGGAGAGCCCGUCGGGCCUGUCGAAGUGGCCCGGGAGCCCCACGUCCCGCAGCAGCGACGAGCUCGACGCCUGGACCGACUUCCGCUCGCGCACCAACUCCAACGCCAGCACCAUCAGCAGCCGCCUCUCGCCCAUCCUGGCCAACCCGGAGCUGGACGAGGUGCCGGACGACGAGCCGCCCCUCUCCCCCAUGCUCUACUCCAGCCCCAACAGCCUGUCGCCCUCGGGGGGCAAGCCCUGCCCCCCCGAGCUGCCCCGCCUGGCCGACCUCGCCGGCACCAUGAACCUCAACGACGGGCUCUCUGACAACCUCAUGGACGACCUGCUCGACAACAUCAACCUGACGCCGUCCCCCCCGCAACCGUCCCCUGGGGGGGGCGCCGGGGCCGGGGCCGGGGCCGCGGCCGGGGCGGCCGGGGGCCCCAUGCAGAGGAGCUCCAGCUUCACUUUCGGCUCCAAGUCCGGGGGGCUGGGCUCCAACUCCAGCAGCUACAGUAACUCCAUCUUCGGGCCGCCGUCGCUGACCGGCAUGCGCCAGUCGCCCAUGCAGACCAUCCAGGAGAACAAGCAGGCCACCUUCUCCUGCAUCUCCCACUUCGGCAACCAGACCCUGCAGGACCUGCUCAACUCGGAGGCGCCCAGCCACGCCGACGUCAUGAUGACGCAGUCGGACCCACUCAUGUCGCAGGCCAGCGCCUCCGUCUCGUCCCAGAACUCCCGGCGGAACCUCAUCCUCCGCAACGACCCCAUGAUGUCCUUCACCGCCGCCCAGUCCAACCAGGGCAGCCCCGGCCACGGGAGCCUGCUCCUGGCGCAGUCCCAGAACUCCCUGCUGUCCGGGGGGAGGACCGGACUCUCGACGUCCAUCAACGGGGCCGUGGGCCUGGCCAACGACACCAACAACCUGGUCUCCGUCAAGAGCCAGCUGCACUCGACCGGCGGGAACUCGGGCAUGCAGGUCAGCUCCUCGGACUCCUCGCUGUACCCGGGCCUCAACGGGAGCCAGGACCGGUUCCCCGCCGACCUGGACCUGGACAUGUUCAACGGGAGCCUGGAAUGCGACAUGGACUCCAUCAUACGCAACGAGCUCAUGGACGCCGACGGGCUGGACUUCAACUUCGACUCCCUCGUCUCCGCGCAGAACGUGGUCAACCUCAACGUGGGCAGCUUCGCCAGCGCCAAGCAGGCCUCCCAGAGCUGGGUGCCCGGCUGAGCGGGGACGGGGAGGGGGCGCACGGAGCGGGAGGGGCGAGGCAGAUCCCGACCGUGAUGCAAGACCCACCACAACCACCCUUUUGCCAAACCAGCGAGCAGCAUGACGGGCGGACGAAAGGCCCCGUUUACAGCAGGAAUCCUCCCGGAAAACCACCCACCACGCCGCACACAAAAAACCCCAACCGGCACAGAUUCAAGAACAGUCGCUUCAGCUUUUUUCGUGGAGUUCCCUACAACAGCAGCAGCAAAACAAAACAUUUAAAAAAAAAUAAACAAAUAAAAAAGACAAGAGAAAGGAUGAACUUGUUUUAAAAAAAAAAAAAAAAGUAAAAUUAUGCAAUCUUGUUUUCCGAGAAAUAACAUGUAAUAAACCAUGCAUAGAAAGAUAUAGUGUUCUUUAAAAAAAAAAAAAAUAAGAGGAAAAAAAAAAAAAAGAGCUUGUGAGUAUAGUGUAGCCUUUUACAGUGCAGUAGUUUCUGUAAGAAGUGAUGUGGUCUUCUCUCAUUCAGUGCUUUCUGGGAUGUUUUCAUUCGAAUAUCUUCCUCUUUUUUCCUCCACGCUUUUAAUGUUUUAAUGUUCCUGUAAGUUGUCACUGUUUAACCUUUGACCUUUGAACUUAUUACUUACCCCCCCGCCCGGCCCUGCCCCUGCCCCUGCCCCCGGCCCCACUACCAUCCUGCUGCCACAGUUUUGUUGUUUCUUGCCAGCAGCCGGAUGAGAGUAGAGAAAGCAGAAUAGCCUCGGUUCGGAGUAACCAGUGAGAUACCGCUUCUCCAGUCUCUAGGCUGGAACCCAAGGCCAGGGGUAUAAAUUGUAUGUAAUUUGGUGCACUUCUGUUUGUUGUUAGCUCUUUUCCAUAGCCUUACAUACUUUUUUUUUUUUUUUUUUUCAAUUUCUUGCUUUUACCCCCCACAUCCAAUUUUAAAAUCGUAUUAUUGCCCCCCACCCCCCCCACCCCACAAAAAAAAGAAGCAUAAUCCAAUCUACAAUUAUAGGAGAGCUUGUAACUGUUUGUGUAUUACGUAACUGUAAAAUGGAAGAAAAAAAAAAGAAGAAAAAAUAAUAAACAUCUGUCAAGGCUCUAUGUGGUAAACAUGAAGUGCUGAGGAACGGUCCCCGUGGCAAAGGUUUAUGAGGACUAAAGUAUAUGUAGCCAAAAUAUGUUUUAGCGUUGUGUACACUUCUACGCCAUAACGGGUGCUAAUUAAACAGUGUUCGGUCUGUC